GCCGUUUGGCAUCAGCUUAGAAAUUGGAGGCGGCGCCGCCCGAAGCGUCCCCGGCGAUGUCGCAGCAGCGGGUCAACGUGGUGUGGUUCAAGUGCACUGACCUGCGCACCCACGACCAUGCGGCACUUCAGGCCGCGCACGCGGACAAGCUGCCCGUGCUCCACCUGUACGUCUUCGACCCGUUCUGGUACGAGGGCAGCACGAGGCUGUGCAGGUUUCCGAAGACGGGCGUGCUGCGGAGCCGCUUCCAGCUGGAGGCCGUGGCAGACCUGGCGGAGAGGCUCGCGGCCGAGGGCCACGCGCUGACGACGCGAAGGCACGCCUCCACCGAGGCCGUCUUCGAGGAGCUGUGCGCGGACUUCAAGGUCAACGCGGUCUUUGCCUUCCACGAGAUCUGCAGCGAGGAGCUCCGCAUCCAGAGGAGCGUGGAGAAGGCUCUGCGCCGGCACGGGCAGGGCCCCCUCCGCCUCUUCUGGGGCUUCGAGCUGUACCACCACGACGACCUCAGGUUCGACCCGAAGUUUCCCCGGGGUGCCUUCAACUCCUACACGGCGUUCCGGAAGCGGGUGGAGGAGAGCUGCCAGGUGCGCCAGCCCUCGCCGGCGCCCCACUUCUCGGGCAGCCCCGAGCACCGAGUCAGCUGGGCGCGGGCAGAUGAGCGCUUGCCGACGGUCCGCGAGCUCAUGGGCGCCAUGUACGAUGCGGCAGAGGACGCCGGCGAGCGACGGGACCCGCGCGCCGAGUUCCGGUGGGUAGGCGGCGAGACCGCCGCACUGGCGCGCGUGAGGGAGUACCUGUGGGAGACGGACAGCCUGGGGCUCGACUACGUCGGGGCGACCAUGACCAUGGACCCCUCCAAGAGCUGCAUGCGGGACAAGGCCAUGACCAAGCUGUCGCCGUGGCUCGCGCACGGGUGCCUGUCGCCGCGGCUGCUGCACGCGGAGGUGAAGCGCUACGAGCGGGAGCGCAGGAAGACCAAGAGCACCUACUGGAUCACGCACGAGCUGCUCUGGCGGGACUUCGUGCGCUUCGGCAGCAUCGCGGCGGGCACGUCGAUAUUCAAGAUAGGCGGCCUUUCGAACACCCACCCGAGGUGGAAGUGGUCCACCAACCGCGAGGUCCUGAACGCCUGGAUGACAGGCAUGACCGGCUUCCCAUUUGUAGAUUGUUUCAUGCGCGAGCUGAAAGUUACUGGAUACUGCAACCACAUGGGCCGCGAGACAAUCGGCUGGUUUCUGGCCGGAGACUUAGGGCUUGACUGGCGCAUGGGCGCCGAGUGGUUCGAGUCUGUAUUGAUCGACUACGAGCCCACGGCGAAUUGGUACAAUUGGGUUUACCGGUGCCUCCCAGCGGCUGGGCGCCCGGGCCCGCCGGGUGAGCUGCUGAUGGAUGCGCCGGGCCACCGGCUGCAGGGGCUCGAGAUCCUGAAAUGGGGCACGCAGCACGACCCCGACGCCGAGUACAUCAAGAGGUGGAUCCCCGCGCUGAAGCCGCUGCCCAGCGUGGUGGCCAGGGAGCCCUGGCGGCUCGGCCUGCACGAGGACGGCGGCGGCCCCGAGGCCCACGGCGGUGAGCUGCGGCCGCCUCCCAAGGGGAAGUUCGAGGUCUCCAGGACCAAGGUGGCGCAGCUCGUCGCCAUGGGCUUCGACGACGCCGCGGGCGCCGUGGCCCUGUACCGCGCCUGGGGGGACGUCGACGCCGCGGUGGCGCUGCUCGCCGAGGGGGACGGGGCCCAUGCGGCGGGCGCCAGCGACGAGGACGACGACCUGGCGCGGGCGCUCCAGCUGUCCCUGGAGCAGCCGGGGCAGCAGGCGCCCUCCGCACCGCCGGGGGCGCCGGCACCCGCGGGGGCAGCCGCACGCGGCGGGGGCGCAGGCGCGUUCCGGUACGGGGAGGACUACCCCAAGCCGCUGAUAGCCCCCGUGUCACUCCGCGGCACGGAGGAGAGCGAGGCCGCGGCGCGGCAGGCGCAGGCGCAGCGCGACCGCCAGAACCUGGCGGCGCGGGCGCACGGCUCUGGGCGCGGCGCGGGCUCCAGCCAGGGCGGGGGCAAGGGCCCGCCGAAGGGCUGCGGCGGCCGCGGGGGCGAGGCGGGCAAGGGCUCCUGCGCGGGCAAGCGCGGGCACGCGGAGGGGCCCGGGAAGGGCGAGCGGAAGCGGCGCUGGGGCGCCGGCCAGGCGCCCGAGGACGAGCGCGUCCGCGGGGCAUAGGCUCGGGCGGCGGCAAACCGGCGUCGCCACGGUUUCGUCGGCUCGCAGAGGGUGUUCCAGCCUCGGGAUGCUUUCCAGCAGCUGCGCCUCGCCGAGGGCGUUCCAGGGGUGCCGAGAUCGCCCCGAACGGCCGCCUGAGGCCAGGCUUUUGGCCCGAGAGCCACAUCCGCCCAGGCCUCGGACUGACGACUGACUGGUUGUCUGCAGUUCCCCCCGCGCUGGAGGGUUUCUCCGAAGGGCUUAGGCGACCCCUCCUCCUCCUCCUCCUCCUCC